AAAUUCCAACACCCACUAAUCAGUUAAAGCGCUCUCCUUGCUCUUGGCAAGCUAUAAAAGCCAUCCCAUCCCAUGCAUGCCACAAAAUUAUUUAACUCAAAUCCGAAUACUAGCUAGUGUGCGUUUAAAAGUAAAAAACACAAAGAGAGAAACAGCCAAACAAAGAAACAGAGCUGAUGAGAGCAAUGGUCUCCGGGCUGCGGAAGAGAGUAGCAUUGCGCCGAAAGCUUCAAAUUCUAAGGAGCCUUACCAAGACAAAAUCCGUCAAGAGGACCUCCAUAGUCGUGGAUGCUUUACCCCACAUUUAUAUGCUGAAACUCAAGCUUGAAGAAGUCCACAGAGAGUACUCGCAUCUCAUGGCUAUCAAGACAGAUUACAUAAACCUAAUCAAACAUCUUCAAGUCCGCGAGGAAGUGAAGGUAGAGAAGAUUGAGAAAGGGUUUCAUGUGAGAGUGAAGUGUGAGAAAGCAAAGGCCACUCUGGUUUCAGUUUUGGAGGUAUUUGAAGAAAUGGGUCUCAAUGUUGUGCAAGCUAGAGUUUCAUGCAACAACAAUUUUUCUAUGGAAGCCAUUGCAGUUGUAGCUGAUCACCAAAACCAAGAAAAGCUGGAUGUGAUAGUUGUGACACAGACAAUACUUAGGGCCACCAAGAUUAAUCAAGAUGGAAAGGAGACGCAUGAAUGAUUUGUAGUUCCUCAAGUUAAUAACUCUUAACUAGUAGUGUUGAAUCUUCUCAUCAAUGUAUAAUGAAGAUAUUAAUUGAUGCGUAUGUAAUAUAGAAGUAUUUUUGUGUCACUUCCACUUUGAACAUCUGAAAAAGGUAUUGAAAUCUGGUAAUGAGACCAAAAUUGAAACUUCA